CCAUUCGUUUGGGUGAUGCACAAGGGAAAGCUUGCACCAAGCUCAAUCCCCGCGCAUUAUUCCUCAUGGGCUUCAAAAAGCCAGCGAAGCGUCCUUCGUUUGCAAGUAUGAGCUGCGGAACAACAGACUCACGACUCACUAUCAAGUCUACCUGAUUCCUGAUGAUCGUUCGUUCCGAUGCUCAAGCUGUUUGACGCUCAAGAUCACGCGACAGUGGAGCUCUUGGAAGGUGGUCUACAAUGUUCCUGGUGAACUGGUUUUUCGACGUGUUGGGCUACCUCGGCCUCAGCAACAAGAAUGCGAAGAUCUUGUUUUUGGGACUGGACAAUGCUGGCAAGACAACCCUUCUCCACAUGCUGAAGGAUGACCGCAUUGCAACUCAUGUCCCAACGCUUCACCCUCACUCCGAGGAGCUGAUGAUCAAGAACAUUCGCUUCCGCACCUAUGACCUGGGAGGCCACGAGACUGCCCGGCGCAUUUGGAAGGACUACUUUGCCACGGUGGAUGGCAUCAUUUUUUCUGGUGGAUGCUGCAGACCGCACCCGCUUCCAGGAAGCCAACGAGGAGUUGAACGGCCUUCUUAACGAGCAGGCACUGGCCAAUGUCCCCUUUGUGGUGCUUGGCAACAAGAUCGACAUCCCCACGGCGGCCUCUGAGGACGAGCUGCGAAAUGCCCUGGGGCUCUUCAGCCACAUGACCUAUGGCCGUGACGCGAAGAAAGGUGACAGCAGCGUACGACCGGUGGAACUCUUCAUGGUGAGUGUGGUGAAGCGCAUGGGCUAUGCUGAAGCCUUCCAGUGGCUCUCCAACUUCUUGAAGUGAAAUCGAUAGUCAUUACCUCACUGCGCCUGCGACGCAGCGCCAGCUGCAAUUGUAUUCAUUUGGAAGACCUCCUGGCCCCAAUGCCCCCGCCGUGCGGGACGCGCCGAAGUGGGCUGAGCCUUGAUCCGCCCGUCUUCAUUGGAAGGCUUGGGCGCUAAAGACCGGACGCUGUCUCCUGGCGUCUUCAAGUGCAAAAGAAAAC